AACCAACUAGCCAGUCCCUGAGCAGUGUCCCUCCUUGCCUCCCUCUACCCCCCUAGUUUUAUGACAUGAUAUGGUAUGGAAUAUCCCUUUGCUCAGCUGGGAUCACCCGUCCUGGCUGUGUCCCCUUCCUAGUUUCUUGUGCUCCCCCAGUCUACUGGCUAGUGGGGUGGUGUGAGGAGCAGAACAGGCCUUGACGCUGUGUAAGCACUUCUCAGCAGGAACUAAAACAUCAGUGUGUUAAUCAACACUAUUUUCAGCACAAAUCUGAAACAUAGCCCCGUACCAGCUACUAUGAAGAAAUGUAACUCUAUCCCAGUCAAAACCAGUACGUCUACUUGAUAAGUAAAGUGAGAGUGUCUUGAACUCAACCUAUGCAUGUGUAACACCUAGCUUUUCCUCAAAUAUAAUUGUGACUGUUUUCUUUUAAAAUAUUUAAAGUUUUAAGUAACAGUGGAGCCCACCUUUAAUAUUAUGAUCAGUGGUUGCAGCAAUUACCAUGGGAGACAGACCCUGACAAACAAUUUGUAAUUGUACUUACUUUUUGCUCCCACAUAAGCCCUGAACAUUAGGCUAUAGAGUUGAGAUCUGACCUUUCCCACAGUUGUUUAUGUAAAUUAUAGUCUUUAUGAAGCAUGCCAAAGUAAACCAAAUUACAAGUUUCUUGGUAAACACUGAAUUUGUGCUUAAGUAUUUUUUUUAAAAUAUUCCAACACUAAAUGCUUCAGUCUGUUUUUGUGUUGGAGAACUAUUUUUAUUUUAAUUAUUCAGCAACUGUAACAUGACUGUCUAAGGAACUUAUGAGUUUUUGACUUAAUUGUGUAUUUCAUUUCCAUUUCACUUAUUGCAGCAUGUUUGAAUAUAUCUUUAUGCCUUAAUUUAGCUAGUUUAUGUACAACUAGCAGAGUAGCUACAGUAUCAUGCAAUUACAAGUCAAAAGCUGUGGUUAAAAAUUCAGAUAAUUAGCUUGACAAAGCAGCAGUAGUGUAAGAAGGAAUGGGAGGUGGUUAUAAUAUAACCCAUCUCAGCACUUGUUUAACUUGUAAAGGGACAUUCUUGAAAAAGUGUCUAGAGAGCAUUGUGAUAGCAGAAUAUUGUGGUUUAGGCUUCCUACUUGUCUUUCCAGACCCUUCACUAGUCUAAAAGGUAGUGAAAGCUGAAAUAUCUGGAGACCAAUCUGUAUCUGUAUCUGUUUUAAAGGCACUGCUUGCUUUCUUUUUUCUAUCUCCUCACCUUUUGUUUUCAUUAGGAAGGAAAUGACACUGCCUUUUAAGAUCACUUACGUUUACAGUAUGGGAAUGAAAAUACAGCUGUGAGUAUGUAAGAAUCCAUAAAGUUGAUAGAAAGUAGAGACAAAAAGCAAUGCUCUAUUGACCAAAUCAAUCCAAAUAAAAUCUCAUAAAGCUACGCACUGAGGUUUGUCCUAUAUUUAAAAAUUCUGAGACUUUAGAAUUGUCAGUUGGAAUGCCCAGUAAAUAAAUGUUAUUAAAUUCACUUUUAUAGAGCGCUCACUUACAACAUGUCUUGUAAUAACAUCUUAGGUGGUGGAAAAGAAGGAAAGAUGUGUUACAACCAUAUGGUAUAUGAAGUGCAAGAAGAAAGUUUAAUAAAGUGUUGCUAAAAAGUUGUGGUUCAGACUAUAGCUGAUAAUUAGUGUAAGGCUCCUAACUACAUCCCAGUGACGAACUUAUCUCACUUACAAUGCACUUAAAGCUUUUAAACUGAAAGGGUAGUCACCAUGUCAGAAUUUAUAAAGGAGCUGAUUAUGCUCCUCAGUAUUAAUUAGGUGUGUAGUCAAACCAGCACUGAGACUUGGAGCCUUGACUAUAGCUGGAGAGCGCUUCAUUCUUUUAUUAUUAUUAUUACUAUUAUUAUUAUUAUUAUUAUUACACCACCACCACCAACAACAACAACCUGUCUUUGCUUUGAUGAAAUGUUUUCAGUCUCCUUCAAGAUUUUUAAUUAACUCUAUAAAGCACAAUCUGACUCAUAGCUCUUUUGGGAAGCACUUUGGGGGCAGCAGUCUUUAUGAAGUUAAAAGCUGGAGGUUCCUCCUAUGCAGUCUGUGGCUCUACCGUACUUAGAGCUACAGUGUGUGCAGCAAGUAGGUCUGUAAGGGAAUUUUCUGCUAAAAUUUGCAUCAAGGGAAAUUAGCAAGCCCUGGGUUUUUUUCAAUAUAAAAAAUAAAAAUCAAAACUCCUUGUUUUGCACUUUCUUCCCCACCAAAAGAAGCAACAACAAAGCUGUGACAGUAAAUUAAUAACCUUCCCAGAUUCUUGUAUUUAAGAGUGGAAAGCCACUACCACUGUGCACACACCUGCUGUCCCAGUGGCAGCCCCUGCUGCAUGGCUGCCUCUGUGAGGAGGACAGGGCUCAUGGCGAAGCACCUAGACAGACCCCUGGUGGUUUGGUCCAGUUCAGUUGCUCACGUUUGGGGAAGGGAGUGGGAAACCUCUCAGAGGAUCUGGGCAGCCUCUCCAGUUUGGUAGUGAGAGGCCAGAAAAAAACCCUUUUUUUGGGGUGUGAGGGUCAAACGCUGCUGCCCCCAGACCCCCGGUGGGGGAGGGGCGCUGCCCCCCUCACCUCAGGGCCCAGCGGUGCCUCAGACUGGGCGAACAUGGCGGAGGGAGACCUGUAGGCCUCAACCCGGGGGCGGCAAGGAGGGUCGGCAUCUGCCUCAGCCACCUGCUCCCUGCCAGGCCCUCCUGUCCCUCCGCCCUAUGGCCGUCCCAGUCUUUUGCAAUGUUUGCUUCUGUGAGCCCCGCAAACCCACCCCGCGGUUCAGCCUCACAAGCUGUGGCCAUGUUAUCUGUGAGAUCUGCCUCCAGAAAGGUAAUGGCUGCUGCCGGCACGGGGCAGCUCAGCCCUCUGCUUCAGCAGGUCAGGCAGUGCCAGUGUGCACACAUUUACCUUAACUGUUAGCACUUCUGACUCAUUGCGGAACAAAAGAAAGGCCCGGGCAUUUCUUUUAGUCUGCCUAAUGUUAUUGGUAAACCUUUUCAAUUCUUCUAUUGAUUUUCUUUAAAUAGUAAAAUACCACCAGUGUCUGCUGCCAGAUGAAUCCGGCUAGAGCAAUGUGGCUUUGAGAACAAGCCUUAGACGCUAAAAACUGGAGGCUUGAAUCAAAGUUGAGUUUGGAUGCAUUGUAAAAAAAAAAAAAAAAAAGAUGGCAUUCUGUUCUGUCUAAUUUUGGAAAGGGCAUGUUUUUUCAUUAGUGAAAGAGCAAUUUGCAAAACAUAGGAUUUGUUUAUCCUAAUAGUCUUAAGACAUUUUAAAUCUCAGUAUUGUCACUGAAACAUUAGAAAAUUUUCAGCAGCAUUAGGAGGAUUGGAGGUGAUGUUUUGAAGCUCGUAGUGUUGUAUACAGUUCCUCAGUCAUAUUCUGGGACUCCCGUGAUGUGCUUAGAUGAAGUUCAGUGGAAAAGAUAGAGGAAAAAGGAAGUUGCUUUUCAAAAAAAGAAAAUAGCAGACAAAUAACAAUGUUUUUCCCUUUGAGGUCAUGAUAAAUGACCUGUUUUUUUAAGGGUACACAGAAUAAAUGAUGGAUCUGUAUUUCAGAAUUAAAUAGUUUUGACUAAAAGUUUCCACAGGGUCACUGUUGAGGAGAGAGGAUCAUAAAAUACAGCCUCUAAAUACAACUAGAAGGGUCCUAGAACCUGAAAAACAGCUUUACUUUCUGCUGUUAAUAUUGUUUGGCAGAAAAAAACCCUGAGACAUUACACAUUUUUUUGCUAUGAAUUCAAGAAUAAUGAUAAUAUCAGGUUUAAAAUGUAUUUACACUUUAAAGAAGUUUAUAAACAUUGAUCCUUAGAAUCCUUAGAAAGGAAGCAGCUAGUAAAAUUAUCAGUUAUAAAUAUUGUGGUCAUAUGCAUUUACUAGAAAUAUUUGCUAAUAUGUUUGCAAAUAAUCAAAGAGACAUUUUUAAAAAUUAUAGUUUUAAAAAGCGCUGUAAUGAAUUUUUCACUGGGGAAGAAUCACAAGGUAAAAUUAUUAGUUCUUUGAAGUUUCGGUUUCAUAUAUUUUAUCGAGAGACCCAGACUGGGCCCCAAUCUAAACAGUCGUAUAUCUGGUUGACUCUAACUCAUUAGUGCACUUAAGCAUACAUUUAAUUAAGCCAGGCAAGUAGUCCUAUUUAAAUCAAAGGAACUAAAAGUCACCUGCAUUCAGUGACACUAAUGAUAUUCAUAAAAUCAUUUACAUGAAUGCUUAUGUGCAGGAGUAAGACCUGAUGACAUUCACACGUUUUGCCUGUUCAACUGUGUGUAAUGUUUAUAGAAUCAAAUUUUUUAUUCACAUUUAUUUGCAUUUCUUGUAUAACCUUCAGAUCCCUUCCACAAGCUCCAAACAAAGGUUUAGGCAUCAAAUUCUAUUAAAAAUGUUUUCAAUAGCUAUUAAGUUUGAUGUAUAUUUUAAACAUGUCUUUACCUUACAGGCAAAAAAGAUGAAUGUUUGAUCUGUAGAACUCCUUGUCGUACAUUAUUCCUUUCAAAACAGACAAAUCCUGAUAUUCAAUCACUGUUCAUGGGAAUAGAUACGUUAUGCAAGAAAUAUUCAAAAGAAAUAACACAGAUUUCAGAAUUUCAAGAAAAACAUCGUAAACAUUUAUUAGCAUAUCACAGACAGAAGACUGUAAAGUUGGAAGAAUCUCUCAAGAAAGUAACACAACAAAUGCAUCAGAUACAAUGUAUGAAACCUCCUGAACAAACUACACAACUACCAUUCUCCGGUACAAGUAGAAAUCCACUUUCCAAUCCUUCAAGAAAACAGAAUGGUUAUUCUUCCUGUUCUUUUCAUCCUAGUCAUCCUUCCACUUCUGAAAUAAUGGAUUCAAUGGAGAUUGAUCCUGUACCCUCACCAAUGAGGAAACCUGAGACACCAACUGGUCCAACAAGAUUAUCAUUAAUAACUCCACCACAAGAUGGACAUAUGGGUAGUGUAUCCUACAGAAGUUCUCAGUCAUCUGGAAUAAUGUCAAGUCAAAAUAGUAGAGCAGGAUCUACAAGAUCCACACCUAUAAGGCUACCACAUAGUGGAUGUUCACUUACAUCAUCAUCUGGAUCACAAAGUAGUAGAAGGGGGUCAUGGGCUACUUCUGAUUUCAGAACCCCUCAGUUGUAUCCGUUUACAUCACCUUCCCCACAGUCAUCUGUAACAAGACAUCCAAUCACCAUCUCUGGACUUCUGCAGAGACAACAUUUAGGAUCGACUAAUUUUGGAGGACAUUCAACAGAAAGAUAAGCAAACAUCCAUGAAUUGUUUUGGUCAAUAAGCAUCUGGAGAAGCCCUACACAGUCUUUGGAUAUCAAAGUAUUUGUAAUUUCUAUAAAAUGUCAAAUUGGCAUAAACCAACUAAAUAUUCAGCAUGAAUAAUGUAUUUAAAACAUCACUGAUCUUGCUGAUUAACAUCUACAGUAGUUUUAAACAGGAGUACAAAACCCUCAUGUUGUUUUUAUAAAUUUUGGCUUAAAAUAUAUUGUAUAAAUAAACAGCCUUUAU